GGAUAAUAUUCCAUGAAUUGUUAUCACCAAAAUUGUUGUUGUCCUUUAGCAAACCACCAGAGUGAGGAGAGCUGUUCAGAUGAUACAAAUGACACCAAUGUUGAUGACAUAGAAAUGCAAGGCAGCAGAACUAUUGGAUGCGAUGAUGGUGGCCAGGAACUUCAAGAUAACAAGUCUGUUGACGACAAUAAUUGUGACAGUGAACAAAAAGAUAAUUCUGACGAUGGUUGUACAAACACAUUUGUGGCGGAGAGUUGUUCAGGUGAUUAUGACAUGAAUGAUUGUGACAUUGAAAUUCAAAGCGUAACUUUAGUGGUAACAUACAACAUCAACGUUACAAAUCUGUUGAAAAUGAUAAUUGUGAAUGAGGAGAGCUGUUCAGAUGAUUCAAAUGAUGGCAAUGAUGAUGACAUAGAAAUACAAGACAACACGUUUGUUGACAGAAAUGAUAGUGACAUGGAAAUUCAGGAGAACAAAUCUGUCAACGACAAUGAUGGUGACAUAGAAAUUCAGGACAACAAAUCUGUCAAUGACAAUGAUGGUACCUUAAAAUUCACAUCAAAUUUAUCAACGGCAAUGAUGGUGACAUAG